AUGCGUUGGUGCUCAGUGAUUACCUUCCUUGUCGUUGGUCUCAUUGCCAAUGGCAUUGCGAUUGAUGAUCGUAACUGGCAGCUGAUUCCCGAUGGCAAUGGACGGCUUCAUCUGAUCAACACCAACCCGUAUGACUUGCCGGAAUCAGACGUCGUGGCUCCGUUCUUCGUACCCCAGCAGGACAUGAUUUUCCGUCUGUUCACACGGGCCAAUCCGACACAGCCACAGAUUCUGCAGCUGAACAAUGCCGCAUCCAUCAGCGGUUCGAACUUCAACCCGGCCCAUCCCACGCGCUUCACGAUCCACGGAUGGAACAACGAUGGUUCGCACUUCAUGAAUGCAGGCAUUCGGGAUGCGUACUUCCAGCUCGGAGACUUCAAUAUUAUCACCGUUGACUGGGGUGUUGGAGCGAUCAAUCCGAACUACAUCACGGCUCGUAAUCAUGUAGGACCAGUGGGCGAUACGGUCUCGCUAUUGAUCGACCAGCUGAUCUCGACGGCAGGAGCGAACCCGGAUAACAUCUACAUCAUCGGUUACAGUCUGGGGGCGCAUGCCGCUGGUAAUGCCGGUAAGGCCCAGCACGGACGGAUCCACUCAAUCAUUGCACUGGACCCUGCCGGUCCGCUGUUCAGCUUUGGUCAGCCUGAUGCCGUUUCACCCGCCGACGGACGUUACGUUGAAACGAUAAUGACCAAUGCAGGUUUACUCGGAAUCAAUACACCGCUCGGACAGGCCAACUUCUAUCCGAACGGUGGACGUACGCAACCGGGUUGUGGAACUGAUCUUACGGGAGGCUGUGCACACGAUCGCGCGCCGAUGUUCUUCACCGAAUCGAUCACUUCUAGCACACCGUUCCGUGCGAUGCGCUGUGUCAAUCAUGAACAGAUUCUCUCAGGAAGCUGUACUUCUUCCGGUCCGGAUGCAAACAUGGGUGGCCAGCCAUCGAACUACGGUCGUGGAGUGCAGGGCGUUUUCUUCCUCGAAACCAACGAAGCGUCGCCGUUCGCGCGUGGAUAAACGAAGAUCUUUUUGCGCAAACGAGGCUAAGAAAUGAGAUUUGA